CUCACCGGCGGGAAGGCUGUCGGUUAGGUGCUGUCGCUCGAGCGAAGAUGACUACGACAUCUGAAAAAAGAGCUAAUGAGACUGAUGAUGUAUAUUAUAAGGCAAAUGUAGUUUUAGUUGAUAUUGAAGGUACCACCACUUCAAUUGAUUUUGUUAAGAACACCCUUUUCCCAUAUGUGAGGAAAAAUUUAGACGUGUAUUUGAAAAGCAAGUGGAAUGACGCUGAAUUCAAAGAAGACCUAAAAUUGCUCCAAGAGCAGUCUAAACAGGAUGAAGCAGAUGGUACAGAAGGCUUUGUUAAAAUACCAGAGGGUGUCUCGGAAGAUAUUUUUGAGGAUGUGAAAAAAAAUGUUUUAUGGCAGAUGGACUUGGAUCGUAAAACUAAAGCACUAAAGCAGCUGCAGGGACACAUAUGGCGAGAUGCUUAUAAGAAAGGAGAGGUUAAAGCCCAUGUGUAUCCAGAUGUUGCCCCAGCACUGAAGUCUUGGAAGCUGAGUGGGAAAGAUAUUUAUGUAUAUUCAUCUGGAAGUGUUGAAGCACAGAAGUUACUGUUUGGUCACACACAGGAUGGUGAUUUACUUGAGAUUUUUUCAGGUUACUUCGAUACAGCAGUGGGGCCAAAAGUGGAAGAGAGCAGCUAUUCCAACAUUGUUAAGUCUGUGAAGUGCAAAAGUGAAGAAAUUAUAUUCUUCACAGAUGUUCCAAAAGAAGCAAGAGCAGCAAAAUCAGCAGGCUUACAGGCUGUCAUUGUGGUCAGAGAAGGAAACCUUCCUAUUACAGAUGAAGAUAAACUUGAGUUUCCAGUAAUAAAGUCAUUUGAUGACAUUGUAUUUGAAACAUCUGUGAAGAGAAGAAAGAAAUCUGAAGAGGAAACAUUAGAGCAGGGAAAGGCAAAUUCUGCUGUAGUUGAUGUAUCUAGCAUGCAGGAUGUGGAAAUGCAAGAAGAGCCAGUUGCUGAUAAAACUCAAACAUCAAAAGCAGCUGAAAGGGUAAGUAGUACUGAGAUGGUUGAGGCUGCAGAGGUACAGCCAGAUUCCAUGAAGCAAACACCUGUGGAACAGUGUGACCGCAUUGAAGAAGCAAAUCAGACCAGCUGCAAAGACAAAGAUAAUGUGAACAAUGAUCUUAGCAGUACUAAGAAAACUGGUAGUGAGGUACUUGCUGAUAAGGGUACUGUUGCAAUUACGGAGCAAAAAAAGUCAAAUGAAACAAAUACAGAUACAUUGGAAAUAAAUGGUGCAGAAAAGUUGGAUGUGAAUAUUGAUAACCAGGUAGAAACCAAUGGGCCCAAAUGUCCUAAAGACAGUCUCUCUAAAUCUGAUGCUAAUAAUAUUGAUACUCCAAUAAAAACAAAUAGUGAUAACUCUACAAAUUCUAAAGAUGCAAUAUUAAAUGAAAAUAAGAAUAGCAGUUCAUCUUCAGAAAAGUGUCCUAGUCCCUCAGCUAAUAACUUGCCAGCCACUGGUAAUGACACUGUAGUUCCUGACGGUAAGACUGAUAUUAAAUUGGCUGACAGUGAUAAGGCCAAGCUUUGUGAUAAGACUGAAAUGGGAGAACAUGACAGCAAUAUUUGUGAUGACUCACCUCAUCCAUCUGGUAAGGAUGGUACAGAAUCUCUCUCAUCUGAUGCUACUGACAGUAAGACAAUGGUAGAAUCUGUGACCGUAAAGACUGAAUCCACAUUACUUAACACAGCUGAGCUGCCAAAUAAGACUGAAUGUACACAUACUGAAAAGACUGAAAACAUUUGUGCAAAGACUGAAUGUGCCACUAUUGAUAACUCUGAAUCUUCUCAAGUUAGUAAGACUGAAUCCCUAAAACCUAUUGAAGCUGAACCUGUCACUAAAAAGACUGAAUCUGAAGUAAAUAAGACUGAACCAAUGGAAACAGAUGAUCUGACACCUGCACACACAGGAGACCUCAAAAAUAAGGAUGAAUCAGAACAAAAAGAUAAAGAAGUUGCACAGGAGAGUGCACCAGUCAGUGGGGUAGGAACUGAUCCCUCUCCAGCAACAGAUGAGGUUAAAGGUAAAGCAGUUGUGCCCUCAAGUGAGACCAAGGCUCCAGCAGCCGUAGAUGGUGGUAAGAUUGAGGUUGCUAUGGAGGCAACUGAGACUAUGAUGGAGGCAGCCCUAGAUGAGAGUAAGGCCGAGGAUGUAAGGGAGGCAAUUCCAGAUGAUGGUAAGGCUGAGGUUACAGCAGAGGCAACACCAGGUAGUGGCAAAGCUGAGCCUACAGUGGAGGCAACACCAGGUAGUGGCAAAGCUGAGCCUACAAUGGAGGCAACCUCAGAUGGUUCUGAGGCUGCAGUGAAGGCAUCCUCAGAUGAUGGCAAUGCCAAGGUUGCAAUGGAGGCAUCCUCUGAUGGUGGUAAGGCCAAGGUUGUAGCGCAGGUGACCACAGAUGGUGGUAAGUCUGACACUGCAGUGAAGACAAUGUCAGAUGAUGGUAGGGAUGAGGCUGCUGCAGAAGUGAUGCCCGAUGGUAGUAAGGAUGAGGCUGCUGCAGAAGUGAUGCCAGAUGGUAGUAAGGCCGAGGCUGCUGCAGAAGUCACGCCAGAUGGUGGUAAGGCCAAGGAUACAGCAGAGGCAACGUCAGAUGGUAAGGCUGAUGCUUCGGUGGAGGUGACGCCAGUUGAUGGUAAGGCCGAGGCUGCUGCAGAGGCAACCCCAGAUGCUGGUAAUGGCGAGGCUGCAGCGGAUGCGACCCCAGAUAGUGCUAAGGUCGAGGCUGCUGUGGAUGCAACCCCAGAUAGUGCUAAGGUCGAGGCUGCUGUGGAUGCAACCCCAGAUGAUGGUAAGGCAGAGACUGCAGUGGAGGCGACCCCUGAGGACAAUAUGAUGGAAGCAGCCCCAAAUAAUUGUAAUACAGAUUCUGUGACAGAGGCGGACCCAGCUGGUGAUAAGGCUGAGGUAGCCAGUUGUGUGAAUGGUGGCAAUGCUACAAAAGUUAUUUCAGAUGUCAAGGCUAAUAGUGUUUCAUCUGUGACUGAAAUGAAAGCUGAUAACAAAACUGAUGUGCCCAUGGAAGAUGUUGAACCAAUGGUCACAGAUGACACUGAACGAAUGCCAGCUGAGAAAACUGAACCUGUGAUCAAAGAUGAGUCUGAACCAAUGGUCACAGAUGAUGCUGAAUCUGUAGCAACAGAUGAAGCAAAGCCCGACACUGAAGGAGCAAAAAAUUCAUCAAGUGAUGCUGAACAUAAGGUGACGGAAGAUCCUGAACCAAUGGUUACAGAAGAUGCUGAACCCGUAGUUACAAAUAAGGAUGAAGCUGUGAACAGUACAGUAAAAGAUGAUGGUAAUGACAAACCUAAAGCAACACAGGCUGAAAGAGAGACAGCAGCUGAGGAGGAAAGCAGUAAACGUACAAAAGAUGCUCCCAUAGAUUCCACCCCAGUGGUUGACAAUGCUAACUGCAACUCUGUGAACAAAGAUAUAGCUGUUAAGGAGGAAAAUGACCCUGUCGGCACAGGGAAGCUUGAUGCAGUGUCAACUGCAAAAGAUGAUAUACUUGAAACUAAGACUGAAUCAUCAAAUAAUGAAAAUAAAAUAAGUGAGGCUGAAGGUCAGAAUGUUGCAGAUAAUGUAAAAGAAACUGAAAAUGAAUUAAAGGAAGGGAAACAGAAUGUUAAUAGUUGUGUUGAAAAUGGCGAGAGUACAGAAAAGACUGAGAACACUAGUGAGAAGCUUAAAGUAGCAGUGGAGAGUACUGAUAAAGUGGCCGACAAUGUUGUUAGCACUUAGACCAUGCUUGCAUAAAUAAAAUGAUUGAAACUAACAUAAUAUAUGGUUAUUAAUGUGAUGUACCAGUGAGACUGCUACAGUUUAAAAUACAGAUGAAAAAUGUACUUUCAGUCUUAAGUGCCAAAAUAUGGAGCUUUAAACAGUUUCACUAUAUAACACUUUCCCAACAAUUGCUAGCAAAUGAAGGGUACCACUUGCACUUCCAGGCAAGUCAGGCUGUUUGAUGUUCCUUAUGUCCCAUAUUUUACAGUGUCUGGCUUUGCCAUUUGGGAAACCAUGUUGCUAAUAAGAAUUCGCAUGUUGUAAAUAUAUCAUACAUAAUGUAAUAAGGUCCAUUCCUGAAAUUGAGAGUACAUGGACUAGUUGUGCUCAAUUCUGCUACAUUCCGAGAGCUGCCAUAAGUGUUCACUUUUACAACUACCUUACAAGAUAACAUUUUAAUGUUUUCACAUGGAGAUUAUAUUUUUAUAUCAAUAUACUACUGUAAAGUUAAUCUGUACUUCCUAAACUUUUUUAUUAAUAUAUUCCUUCUUAUAAUAGUAAUAGAACUGAGUUAGCUGUUGCAGUUCAUAUUAUAGCAAUAGCAGAUACGUGAAUGUUGUCAGUGUUCUACUUGUCCUGCCUCUGUGAAUAUCUCCUGCAGUGUUCUGGACACUGUCAAAUGUUUUAAUGUACAGUGACCACUUUGUAUUAUUUUGAAACAAUGUUCCUUUUACCACAGUAUUGCUGUAACACUAGAAGAGUAUUGAAGUGAUAAGUUUUGUAACUGCAGUACAGGAAUUUUACUCUUUAUAAAGUAUAAUUUUUUUAAAUUAGCAGUCUCGUAAGUAAAUUUUAGGGCAGUUGCAGUGAUCUUGUACUUAUGAGAAAUGUAUUAUGUACUAUAGUGUUGUGAAGUAAAAUUUUGAAAAAUACAUUGAGGGGAGAAAGUGUCAAAGCCUGCAAUUUUGUAAUAUUGUGAAUAAUAGUUGUAUCUGCGUAGUUGUCUUUGUCAACGAUGUAAAAUGACAAUAAAAAUUGUCUUCAGCAAGGUUGUUUUACUAAGUGUUUGUAGUUAUCUUCCUUAAAGUCAAAAGGGUGGGAAAUAAUACAUGGAAGUGAUGUCAGUAUUGCUGUGUAAGAUGAGGAAUACAUUAGUUUCAAUGUGACACACUUUGCUGAUCAAAAAUUCCCGUAAUAUUCAUGUUGCGUACUUUACCUGCUGUAUUUAUCCAUCUAUGAAGAUAAACUAGUUGCAGCAUUCACAUUGUGGACAUACUAUUCAUGCUAAAGCCUUAUUUCAGUAAUUUUGUUUAAAUACAGACAUAACACCUACGUUUUGCUACUAAUUUUACCAAAAGUGGAAGUAGACUCAUUUAUAG